CUCGCCGAAGUUUUUUUGCUCGGUCGCGACAGGAUUAAUAUUGCCCUUUGUUUCUGUUCUCCCACCUUAACACUGCUAUUAUGGUCAGUACGAGAAGAAAUGGCGCCCGAAGUGUUCGGACACCCGCAACCACGACUACAGGCACUCCAAGCACAUCCGUGUCUCCCCUGCUUAGCGGCGAAAACUCCGUGGUACCUGAAACCCCUGACACCUCCGACGUCGAUGAGGAUCCAGUAGUUGCGAAAAUCACGACAAGAUCACUUGCAACAAGCCUUAUGAAUACACGAAAGCGCCCUGCAGAAGAUGCAGAGGAAGGCGAAGACUUCGCGGCUAGACCAGUCCCAACUAAACGGAAAGUUACCCACAAAGCUUUUUGUGUUGAGAUACCCGUUAAAAAUUCGACCUUAAAAUCAAAGCAACAAGCAACACCUGCCAAAAGCAAAGGGCGAGUUGCCGCCCCUCCUAUCUCCAAUGAUAUAGAUGUCCAGCUUUUCUCAGAGGAUGAGGACCUCGAGGACAUUGAAUUCAGUGACUCGGAGUAUAACGAGUCGGAUGACGACGCCCCUCUCCCCUCAAAGAACUGGGAACGAUUUUCGGACGUCGUCUCGGGUUCUGAGGGCCACGAGUCUGGAGGUGACGAAGAGUUGAUGGUUGCUGCCGCUAUUGAGCUGUCCCGUGAAACAGCACGGAUCGCUGCUCAAGAGUCCUCGGGAGUCGGUUCUUCCUCCAGAGUCAACAUUGCGUCACCAAGUCUCAAGAUUACUAAGAAGGCUGCUGCCGCUGAACGUCGCCUUGCAAAGUCUAAUGGCAAGGGAAAAGGCAAAGGUCGUUCUGCCGGCAGUGAGGAUGGCGAUUUCAUGCUUUCAGGCAGCGAAUCAGCACUAUCAGCCUUGAGCUCAAGCGAAGAGGAACUCCCACUCUCCAAGGGCAAGGGAAAAGCUACGAAGAAAGGCAAAGCAAAGCUCAAAUUUAUCGACACUGAACCCAUAACUUGGGUAGAGCGGGCUCAACGGCGCCGUCUGCAAGCGGCCGAAAGAAGGGCCAACAAGUCAGAGGAAUACGCAUUAAUGCAAGAGCUUGGCCGAAAGCUUACUUGGGUACGGUGACCUUUUCCUGCUGGAAUAUUUAUCCAAAUUGUCCGUGCAGGCCGAGAAAUCUUCCUUGGCACUCAGAAGGCAUCACCCUGAACUCAAGGACGUCUGGGGUG